AACUGCUACUUCGCCGGCACUUCCAGAUCCGUCAGAAGAGAAGAAUAAGACGGGAAAUAUUCUAACAAUGCAACAAGCAGCAUUGCUCAGAGUUGCCUGGGUAACGGCAAUUCCAUUCUUAUUGCUGCUGCUCUUGACACCUUCCCCUGGGGCAGCAACAGGAGUAGACGCCUUACGACGAAAAAAUCACUUCAUAUCGAUUGGAGCUGCGUCAGGUCUGCAAAGAGCCUUCUUCCUGGUCCACAAAUACUCCGCCACUGGAAUUGAUGACGAAGGUACUUCUGAUCUGGGAACUGAAGGCCACAUGGACAGCUGGAGCCUCGGCCAACAGUUCAAUGAUUCAGCAGAAGAAGACCAUGAGACGGUACAUGAUCUAACUACACCGGGUCUUCAUCUGCUUAUACUUCACCAGGAAACUGGAAGGAUCCUUGUGCAGAGAUCCUUCAAAACAAGCGAACCAUUCUCCUGGUGGGCUGACCUGGUAUGGUGGAUCCAGCAGGUCGUUCCAGGUCGAUUCAUUGUGCUUACCAUGAGCGGUUUCCAAAAUGCUUUAGGUCUAAGGUAUGCCAGGAUGCUCUUUGCAGACCUGGGUUCCCUUUUCAUUCACUACCUCGGUGAUACUGCAAUGUGGGUGUGGGCGUUUGUGAAGAGUGGAUGCACGAUUUAUGAGGCUCUUGUCAAGGGUCCUCUCAUUAAACAGGACAGCUCAUCUGCAAGACACAGCAGUAACAUCGUUUUGGCUGAGGGAACUUCUGUCAUUUCAAAUGUCAUUACAAAGAAGAGGCGUGACAAACUAAUUCAAAAGCGCUGGCAAUACUGUGCUUCAGAGGGGGCUCUAGGAAAUCUUUGUGACGACAGCAAUCCUGUUCCACUUCCUAUAGAGACGAAAAUAAUUGCUGGGUAUCCUUAUGUUGAAACUUCACUUCAAAAAAUACCAAUAGUUAUUACAGCUGGACGUCGACACCAAUAUCUGUACUACACAAUUAAGAGUAUUCUGUGUAAUCCCCUUGCAAAAUCCAGCAAUAUACAUGUAGUUCUUGGGGAGGCAUCGAAUUCAACAAUUCAGCUUCUCCAUAUUUUGGACAUUCAUUACCACAUCAUCCCUAUAGCAGGUAAAGACAACUACAAACUCUUUAGUUUCUACAGGAGCGUCUACCAAUUUGUAGCUGAUACUUUCUCGAGGACUAAAGCGGUUAUAAUUCUGGACGAGGAUGUUGAAGUCUCCCCUGAUUUCUUGAACUUCGUAGACAAGACGAUAUGGCUCCUUCACAGUGAUCCUUCACUGUACUGCAUAAGUGGAUUUUCUUUUUUGCCCAACGUGGCCAGAGGGCGUGGCGCCAAAUACCUCAGGAGAGGAUCUGUGCAAGUAUCUUGGGGUUAUGCAGUUACCCUUCAAUUUGUUAGGGAGGCACUGGAGGUCUGGCCAGAAAAUGGUGAUGGUGAAGAUAUACUUACUUAUGACUACUGGAUUUAUGACAAGGUGAGGGGUCAACGAGAGUGUGUUUAUCCAGAGGUCAGUCGCAUUCGCCACUAUGGUUUGGGAGUCAACACUCAGGCUUUCAUGCAUGAAUAUGAAGCCUGGUACCGACCACUUCUCAAAGCAUUUAACACUGACAUCCUCAACGGCAUCCAAAUGCUACAGGCUACACACGAAAUGCGUUUCCUAAAGGACAUAGAAACAGCAACUGUCAUUGGACAGAUAGACCCUUGUAGUCCUCAUUUCCCUCCCAGACAAAGAACACAAAACGAACAUUUUGUGAUGUAUUUUAGUCAGGAGUAUGACACAGAUAUCAGCAGCUGGUAUAUAGUAGGGCAGUGCACAGGGCUCCACGCUGUUUCUGAGCAAGGGCACCAUUACGGGGCCUAUUUCGCAUUUUUCCAGCCAAGACAACCUGACUAUCCUUCUGUUCAAGAAAAUUACGAAAACCAUACACACACAAAAUACCCAGCUUUCUAUAAGACUCCGAAUCAUUUCCCAGAACAUUCUGCUGAUGAUUAUGGGAUGAAUUAUUACAAUACUGAGCAUGAAAGACAGGAAGCUCCACCUGUCUUAGUAUAUUUCGUAGGAGUACCAUAUUCUAAGUACGCUUACCUGAGACCAAAUGGCGCACACGUGUACAAUGCUUCAAGUCUCUCUUCCGAAGAAUUUGACGCGUAUAGAACUAUGUUCCUACAUUCUCCAGACAUACUUUUAAUGGGUCAAAUACAAAACAAUUCAAGGGCUCUUAUAAAUCAGUUAUUUAUUAAAUGAAGUUGAUUAACUAAAAACCAAACAGAUGGACUACAUUACCUGCAAUAAAGCACAUUAAUAUGCCUUAUUGCUGCAUCAGUCUUAAAGAGACAAUAUGUCAGAGUAAUCUAGAGAGAAACAAUACACCAGUCUAAGAGCCGAAUUAGAAACUAAAGAAAAUUAGCCUUCAAAGGCAAAUCCUUACGGGAACAAUAAUGCAAUGAUUUCAUCAUAAACACGGUAUACAGUGAAAGACGCUCAAUCGUAAUCAGUAUCUGGACUCCAUCAGCAGGAAAUUACGUAAAUACCCAAAUCUAUUAAUCGUGUACGUGAACGUGAGUACAGACCUACGUCAAAGGCACAGCAACCCUUUGCCUGGUCAUUGGACGCAGAGAGAUAACACCUGAGCCUCAAAAUGGAAUAAAAGAUGAAUACUGGAGCCUUCGCUGGGGAAAACUGUAGGUCACUGACCCCAUUCCCUGUCAGUAUGUCAAUCUCGAUCUUACCAAAAAGUCAUCCCAACAGUAAUGUGGAGUUUCACUGUAAUGAACCGUAGGAAUUUCGAAAGCUGUGAAAAACGUGAUUAAAACUGGCAGAUCUCUUAUUAUGCACACCAAAUUAUUGUUUUGCAUAAUCUAAAUAAUACAUAAAAGGAAAUAAAUCAAAAUGUGUUGAGAAUAAAAUUCCACUGGUAAAGUAUACAGGGUGUCCAUAAAGUCAUUUCCUGAUUACUAAAA